AUGGAGUAUGUCGAUAAUGAUGGAUUUUCCAAUGGGAAACUCCAUAAUGUGCACAAGUUAAACGUUGCUUCACGGCUCAGCGAGCUUCCCAUGAAUAAAGGCAGCAACAUCUCCCCUCAGGCCCUUGGAAUGUCCGUUAAGAUGGACCUUGUAAAGAGAAGAUCAACUCAGACGGCUAGUGAAAAGGAGUUUAUGUACUCUGGAGGAUUUACGAAGACUAAGAAUUCACGUGUUUCGGAUGAAAUAUUAUCUGCAGCUGAUAUAUUGAACAAAAUUAAUUCCACCACAGCUUCUGGUUAUAGUCUGAGCAAUAAUUCCCUAGUAUACAGAGAAGCUUUAGCGACUAGAAUGUUACUGCGAACAAUGGCUUUAAAGAAUUUUGCUAAUAACAACUACAGUGAUGCUCUACUGGAAGCACAUUACUCGCUAUUGCUUUCAAAGAAGUUUCAUUCCCAAGUGAGAAAAACACCUUUGUGUGGAGAAAUGGCAAUAGAACUUAUGAUACUAAGUAAGUGUUAUGCCCGGAUUGGACACUUUAAAAAGGGUAAGGAACACUUGGCUGAGUUUCGGUUCUUGGUAGAGAAUACACUAUUACAAUAUUCUAAGGGUUCUCAAGCGUUAUCGGAUGAUUCCAAAAACGCAGUAAUUGACUGUGAUAAGAAAGUCUUUUUACCAAUAGUUUACAUUUUAGCUGAAGUUUUAAGCAGUUAUGGAAUGUCCGAAGAUGCUGAAAUCUUCUUCUCUAAGUACCUUGCAUUAUAUGUUCAAUUAUACGGAGAAUUUGAUCUUGGACUUAGUAACGCACUUGGGAAUGUGUGCAUAUAUAUGAUCAGGGAUAAACAAUACAUGAAGGCUCUCCCACUGUGUAUUAAAAACUUGGAGAUUUUGAAGAAACAUUUUGGUGAUUACGAUUCUGAGCAACCUAACAUUAAGGUUGCAGAAGCUUAUAAUAAUCUGGGUAUUGUUUAUAGAUUAUUGAAUAACCCUAUUGACGCAUUACAACAGUUUUUCAAGGCAAUUGAUAUGAAAAUGCGGUUAUGCCGUGACCGCAAUCAUCCUUCAGUUCAAGAUAUAUUGUUGUCAAUAGGAUGCUGUUUCCACAUUCUAGGACAAUUUACAUCAUGCGCGUCUAUAUAUAGGGAAGUAUACACUACUCGCUCGGAUUCACUAGGGAAAUCACACCCAUCAACAAUUGCAGUUCAUCAAUUACUCACGGACCUUGAACGAGAUAUUAAUUUUAGAUAUAAUGAAUCAGACAAAUCUGAACAGCCUGGUGAUGGAUUAGAUAAGAGUCCAAAGUCAGAUUCUAAGAUUAAGAGAGAAACUGAAUUAGUCGUUUUAAACAGUCCUACAGUAGAUGUUUCAAGAAUUGUAGCACUGUAUUCAAACAAAAUGGAAUCUAUUGAUUUGAAUAAAUCAAAAGUAAAUUCUUGCUCUGAGGUUAUAUUCCCUACUGAACGCCUUCUGGAUUUAUCAAAGAAACUAAACCUUAAACUAAUGAAGUUGCCAGUAAUUAAUGUACCAAAACUUUCAAAAGGAACUCUGUUCAUUAAAGACGGACUUCCAGCAAUGACACUUAACCCUGACGCGGAGGAUAUUCUUAGGGAUUGGGGAGUUGAUCCACCCGAUGUCUCAAUUUCAGGUGAAGUGCUUAAUAGUGACUUAAGGGACGAUGGUGUUAGACUAUUUGUUCCACUGGUUAAAGAAGAUAAUGAAUUAAUUCUAGGUUAUCACGAUAAACCGGUUUUCGUUCCAAAUCCCGCAAUAUUUCAUAGUUCUAAACAGGUUAGUAAGAUGUUAGAAUCUUCUUCUCCAACACGUACAUCCCUAGUUAGUAAGAUUACUCGAGUAUCUAAUGACCCUUUCAUGAAGCCUGAACCUCCUGAAAGACGAGAAAUGGCUACAUCACCCAAAAGUGAUUCAGCCGAAAAACCAGAUACUGAUCCGGAUAAGAGUGACUCUGAUAAAGUUGACACAGAGAAACCUGAAGAACUUGUAAAGGAACCUGAAAAGCUGAGUGUAAGACAUAAGAUAGGAGAAUUUGAGCGUUUAAAAAGUGUUAAGUUUAUAGAAAAGCCAAAAGUGGUAGAAGAACCGAUAGUGAGUGUCCCAAUAACUGAGUUGGUUAAGUCAAAGAACUCAAAGAAUGCAAAGUUUCUGGCCAAAAUCGGAUCACUUUCUAACAUUAAAGUUAAGCAGAAUAUGUCCCCUAAAAUUGACAAUUCAGUUCUUAAAAAGACAAUGAUGGCAAAGAAAAUUGCUGGUAAAAUCGCAAGAAAGGUGCCCACAAAGAGAUUGGCACAGUCACCAAAACACAAACGCGCAUUUUCAAACUCUUCUGAUGAUAGUCAAUUUUCUCAAGAUUCUCUCAUUUUCACUGAUGAAACUUUAUAUUCUGAUGAUUCUUUUAUUUUAUCUGAUGAAAGUAUCAAGACAACUGAUUAUUCUGAUGAUGAUACGGUCAUUGAGAGUUGCAGUGUGGUAUCAAACUCAGAUACUCCUGUAAACUCAGACUAUGAGUUAAUAAAUGAUUAUUCAAUAACAAAUGAGUUGUUUACAUCACCAGCUGUUUAUUCUCUUCCUGAUACAGUAAGUCCAGCAAAUUUAAUGAAACAAGAUGUUAACAAAUUGCCGUUACUUAUCAGAUAUUAUGAUGAUGUUAUACCUGUUGAAAUUGCUAGAAGGGUUGCUUCAGUUAAAACAUACUUUAGUAAGGUUUUUAAUGAUUUUCUUGAUGAGGAUAACAAGGACAAAGUUGAAUCGAAAGAGGAUAAAACUGAAAAUACAACUGAAGAUCAGAAAAAUCACGACAAACCUGCAAUCACUCCAAAGAAUAAUACUAGUCCAGGUGAUAAGACCCCAGUUAAAUCUCCUAAAGGUACUAAUAAUUCUGAUGAUAUGACUCCAGAAACGUCUAAAAAUCCUCCAAAGUCUAACACACCAAAUGUUGAUAAAACCUAUUGUAUGUUAUUGGAUUGUGAAGGGAAUGAGUUAGCUUCAGUUCCUUGGACAGUGGAUUUGGUUUCAUUAUCCAUAGCAAGAUCAUGUCUACAGGAAGAUUUCCUUAACAGAUACUCAUUUUUGGCUAAAGCUAAUAAGGCGUAUUUGAAGAAGAAGGAGUUGUCUUUUAAAGUAGAAACUGAUGAGGAGAGGAAGAAAAAUGAACUUUUGCUGUGUAGAAUGUUACUGGCAGGACAAGGUUUAACUGAACUUGGAUUCGCUAAAAUCGCCACCUCAAUGCAGGCAAUUACAAAUGACCUUACAGCAGGGCUUGACUUUAAAGUACCAAAUUCAGUUCUGGAAAGCAUUAAGAAACAGCAGGAACAGAUAGAAAAGGAGAUGAAAGAACUUGAAUUAGCCCAGAAAAAGAAGGAGGAAGAGCUUAAGAAGAAAGAAGCAGCUGCCAAGAAGGCUCCACCUCCAGCAGGUAAGAAAGCUCCGCCAGGUCCAGGUAAAAAGGGCCCUCCACUAUUAAAGGGUAAAGGGCCUUUGCCCCCACCAAGUAAAGGUGGAUUCGGGAAAGCAGCCAAGAAAGCAGCUCCUGGAAAACCAGUUGUUGACUCAAACUUAAGAAGGUUCUUCUGGGAUCCAAUCUUUGGAGAUGAUGCCAAAGAUACUAUUUUCUCAACCCAAAAGCUAAGACCAAUAGUAGAAGUCGCACAAAUCGAACAAUCAUUCGCCAAAGCCACUCCUAAAGCAAAGGAUAAAGCCGUAGAAAAAGCUAAACCCAAGUUUAUUCAAUUGCUGCCUGAUAGUAAGAGGAGUUAUAACAUGAACAUUGGGCUCAGCAAAUUCAGCAAAUACACAUUUAAUGAAAUCAGAGAAGCAAUAAUACACCUUGAUCCAAAUGUCCUGAACGUUGAUUCAACUGAGAGUAUAUUACUGUUAUUACCAAACACUGAGGAAAUUUCUGUUGUUUCCGAAUUCGUUAAAUCGGGAGGCGAUUUGAGUGCCGUUGAUAAGCCUGAACAGUUUGUUGCAUCACUUAUUGGAAUACCUUUAAUGAGGCAGAGAUUGGAGUGCCACCAGAUAGCUCUUACCUUUAGAGACAACUAUAACGAUAUAUAUUACCCACUAGAAAACAUUAUGGACUCCUGUGAGUGUAUUAUGGACUCUGUUAAGCUUAAUAUACUUGUACACUUUAUCCUCAAUGUUGGUAACAAGUUGAACGAGGGUGACCCCAGUAAGGGUAAUGCUGAGGGAUUUAAGCCUACAACCUUCCCAAAGUUAAAUGAUUUCAGAACAACUACAAAACCGUCAAAAACAUUAUUACAAUACAUUUGCGAUAUGAUUGCUGAUGAGGAUGAAAAUAUACUCGACGUUUUAGAUGAUUUAAAGAGCUUGGAUUCGGGCUCAAAAGUUGAUAUCGAUGCGCUAAAAGACAAAAUGAAAAGAUUUACCAAUGAUCUAGACAAGAUUAAGAAUUCGAUUAAGAAUGCUCAAAAUGUUAAAUGUGAUUUCCAAGAUAAUUUCACAUCAAUCAUGCGUGAAUUUUUAGUUGACGCAGAACCAAAAGUUAACUCACUUUCAAAACACUUUGAAGAAGUAAUGACUACGUUUAAAGAAGUGGCCAGAUUUACAGGUUACACUGAAAAGGAAGUUGACAAGGUAAAACCAAGUGAACUUUUCAAGUACUUGUGGUCAUUUGCAUUAUCAGUUGACCAGUAUAGAAAACAAAGAAUAGAAGCAAGGAUAAAGUUAGAGAAGAAAGCAAUUGCCCAGACUAAAGUUGAAGUUAAAAAGACCCCCAAACUACAACAGAAACAAACUAAACUCGUUUCAGUUCCAAAAUUACAAAAUGACGACCUUGUCAACAUUGUAAAAACAAUAUAAUUU